AUGGUCGAAACAAUCAAAAUCGAAAUAACAACAAUACCAAUAACAACAACAAUCUUACUCAUUGUCCUCAUCCUACCUCUUCUACCUCUUCCUCUGCCUAUUCUUCUGCCUAUUCUUCUCCUUCGUCACCUUCUUCUCCAUCUCCUUCCCGUCGCCCCACUCGUUGUCACCAGACUGGCAGGGUGAGUCCGCUCACUCUGGCAGCCUGGAAUGUUCGUUCCCUUUUAGACAAUCCGAGGAGCAACUGAUCGGAAUGGAGGACGGCGCUAGUGGCACGAGAACUGUCGAUCUACAAGGUGGACAUCGCCGCACUCAGCGAGACCCGAUUCUCCGAACAAGGCCAACUGGAGGAGGUGGGUGCCGGUUACACCUUCUUUCUGGAGCGGUCGACCCAAGGCAGAGCGACGAGACGCGGGAGUCGCCUUCACCAUCCGGAACGACAUCGUGGGACGACUGCCCUGUUUGCCGCAGGGCAUCAACGAUUGUCUGAUGAGCCUCCGUCUGCCUCUCCGGGGUGGGGGCAAAUUCGCCAUUAUCAUCAGCGCCUACGCUCCGCCGAUGAGCAGCCCCGACGCCGCCGCAAGAGACAAAUUCUAUGUGGACCUGCACGCCCUCUUGGCGACUGUGCCGAAGGCGGACAAGUUGAUUGUCCUUGGCGACUUCAACGCCCGCGUCGGCACAGACCAUACUGCCUGGAGGGGAGUGCUGAGUCCUCAUGGUCUCCGCGGCUCCAACGACAACGACCUGCUUCUCCUCCGCACCUGCGCAGAACACCGCCUCAUCCUGACGAACACGUUCUUCUGUCUGCCGAAGCAAGAGAAGGCCACCUGGAGGCAUCCUCGGUCGCGCCAGUGGCACCUGCUGGACUACGUCCUCGUCCGGAGGCGAGAUCAGCGGGACGUGCUGGUGACGAAGGCGAUCGCGGGUGCGGACGGGUGGACCGACCAUUGCCUCGCCAUCUCGAAGAUGCGUAUUUGCCUACAGCCUCGCAGGCAACCACAAGGUAAGCGACCCCCAGGUAAGCUGAAUGUUGCCUUGUUGUCUUUGCCCGCUCACCAUCUUCAUUUCAGCAAUGAGCUAGCUCAACGGCUAGACAACCUUCCAAUCGCUGCCGCCGCUGCCGUGAAUGCCUCCGUGGAGAACCGCUGGGGUCAACUGCGAGACACGGUCCAGUCGACGGCGCUCGCCGUCCUCGGUCGCGCUCCCCGGCAACACCAGGACUGGUUCGACGACAACGACGCCGCCAUCAGAAAUCUGCUUGCUGAGAAGAACCGCCUACACAAAGCCUACGUUGAUCACCCCACUGAGGACAACAAAGCUGCCUUCUACCGCAGUCGCCGCCAACUUCAGCAAAGACUGCGCGAGAUGCAGGACACCUGGACUGCUCGCAAAGCUGAGGAAAUCGAAGGCUACGCGGACCGCAACGAAUGGAAGAACUUCUUCUCUGCGAUCAAAGCUGUCUACGGUCCGCCGACGAAGGGCACUGCUCCUCUCCUCAGCGCCGACGGCAGUACUCUUCUGACUGAGAAGGCGCAAAUCCUGCAGCGAUGGGCCGAGCAUUUUCGAGGCGUCCUUAACCGCCCCUCCGUCAUCUCCGACGCCGCCAUCGUCCGCUUGCCGCAAGUGGAGACCAAAGUGGACCUCGACCUCCCGCCAUCUCUCCAGGAGACCAUCAGGGCCGUGCAGCAGCUCUCCAGCGUGAAAGCACCCGGAUCGGACGCAAUCCCUGCUGAGGUCUAA